CUAGACUGACCUUGAGAGUGUUCACCCGAUGACAAGGACCAAAUGGGGCUUAUAAACCAUUGUGAGGAAUUUGAAUUAAAAUUAGCAUCAUCUGAUGGAUGAUUUUUUGACAUUUGAUGAUGGCUUAUUCGAGUCCAAUGAGUGCAAAGAAGGUUUUUUAUCUGUCUUUCAUCCAAAUGAAGUGGGAAAUCUAGAAUUUUUAUCAGGCAGCGAUGAGGAGUGUUUAAAGUCUUCAAGCGAUUGGCUUUAUUUAUCGAAGAAGUACGACGAUUGUCUGCAGUGUUUGCUUAGACUGUGGGACCGUGUUCAUAAUUACAAUGGGCUUCUUAAGAGAAUUACUGCUGAUGCUAUUGUUAGGUGCUGUUUGAAACUGAACAAACGAUGUGAAUUGCUUCCUUAUCUCCAACAGCACAGCCAAUUAUCAGUAAGCUAUGAGGAUUAUAUUGGACACUUGAUGCUUCAUUUUACUUGUUCAAUAAACGAAACAACGCAAGAUCGAAUUAAUUUACUCCAGCGUCUUCUAUUGGCACUUCCCCCAUCAUUUGUUGACGAUUCAUCAAUAUUUAUUCAUGAAAAUCUAUUUAAACACUCUCAAUUAUGGAUCGACUUAUCAGUUGCUUGGGAUCAAAUUCAGAUAGAGACUAGGACAAUGUAUUGUCCUGCAUGGUUUUCUAAGGUAGCAUUAUUGUAUGCUGAACUUGUUAAUACUAAUUCAAAGUUAAAUGAAACUUCACUUACAUGGACUGAUAAAUUUCUUAAUCCUUUACAAAUCGAAAUAUGUCGUAAACUAUCAUUACGUAUUUUAACUACAUGUAGCAGUAGUGGUAGUUCUUCAACAGGCCCAUCUGCUACUACAAUGCUAAGUAAAGAUAACGGUGCAUCUAGUCACGAAAAUGGUGUACAAUUCAAUGGCGUUACUGUUACUUAUGAACUGCCGUAUAUUCCUAGUCAGAAAUGCUGUUCUACUAAUACUACUAUAGACACUAACAUUCAAGAUGAAGUCGGACACGUGUUCUUCCAAGUAUUUAUUGCUCCAUUCAUGAGUAUUUAUGAAAAAUCAAUUUAGAAAACACCAUGUCUUUUGAAAAAAAAAGUUGUCACUAUGUGCAAUAUCACUAGUUCCCUUUCAAUACACAAAACUAAGCUGUUUCUUGUUCAUACAAUCAGUUAGAAAAUAUGAGAAUGUUGAAAUACUGGGUUACUA